UACUCAUCCACAUGACCACACAUUUGAUUUAGUUUGUUUAGGCAUUGUGGAUAAUAUUAUUGUAUCAUAAAGGCUUCGAAUUCUGAACAAAGUUAUCUACAAAGUGGUUGAACAACAAAAAAGAACUUAAUAAAAUUUACUGGAUAAAAAGCAAAACAUGUCACCCUGUGUAUUUAUUCUAUUCUACAAUGGUGAACAUAGCAAUGUCGAUAAACGUUUUAAUGUUAAUUAAGCUUUUAAAUGUUACAGUUGCGAAUUAAUCGAGGUAGUAAAUGUUUAUUACAUGAGCUGCAGAAACUUAUCAUCCCCAUCUUUGAAAUUGAAGCGUGAAGUGAAUAAGGACUAAAGUCAAACUAUAGUUUGAGAAAUGACGAGAAGAGCAGUAUGGAAGGUGAUCAGUCGCAGAUACUACUCAACAGAUCGUCCAUUUUCAACGGUCGUCCUUCCAGAGAUGUUAGAAGAUUACCAGCGGGAAACGGUCGAGAAAACAAUACCCAAGUCUUACAGCGAGGUUCCAGGUCCACGAUCAUUACCAAUUGUCGGUAACACAUGGCGAUUUGCUCCAGUGAUAGGCCAAUAUCAGAUUUCGGAUUUGGACAAACUGAUGUGGUCGCUCUUCGAAACGUACGGCAAAAUCGUAAAGGUAUCCGGACUGAUCGGGCAUCCAGAUCUCCUAUUCGUUUACGACGGCGACGAAAUUAAGAAGGUUUUCCGAGGCGAGGAGGAAAUGCCGCGCAGACCUUCCAUGCCUUCGCUGCACUACUACAAGGAGAUUUUGCGCAAAGAUUUCUUCGACGGAAACGCCGGAGUUAUCGGAAUACAUGGGCCCAAAUGGGACGAAUUUCGGAAGCAAGUUCAACAAAUUGUUCUUCCGCCUUCGACCGCAAGGAAGUACAUACAGCCGCUGAACGUUAUCGCUGGGGAGUUUUUAGAAAGAAUGGAAGAAUCCCUAGAUGAGAACAAGGAGUUGCCCGAUAAAUUCCUGUACGAAAUCUACAAAUGGGCUUUGGAAUCGGUCGCAAGAGUUUCCUUGGACACACGCCUUGGAUGUCUAGACAGAAAUUUGAAUGAAAAUUCCGAAUCGCAACGAAUUAUCAAUUCGAUCAACACCUUCUUUUGGAACGUCUCCGAAGUUGAACUGAAAAUGCCGAUAUGGAGGUUUUACAAGAAUAAGGCUUUCACGAAGUAUAUUGGCGCACUGGAAGAUUUUCGAACAUUAUGCAUGAAAUACAUAACUCGAACCGUCGAAAAUAUCUCUAGUAGGUCAGCAAUCGACAAGCAAGAGGAAGACAUAUCGAUCGUAGAAAGAAUUUUCUUGAAAACCGGAAAUAGCAAAGUUGCGGCGGUCCUGGCGCUAGACUUGUUGCUAGUUGGUGUUGAUACGACUUCGAUAGCGUUAGCCUCUACUUUGUAUCAACUUUCACAAAACCAAGACAAACAGCAAAAGGUUUACGAAGAGCUUUGCUCAAUUCUACCAGAGGCUGGCUCGGCAAUUGACAGUAACGCCCAGGAGAACUUGCACUAUCUUAAAGCCUGCAUUAAGGAAACCUUAAGAAUGUAUCCCGUUAUUAUUGGUAAUGGACGAAGUCUGUCCAAUGACACUGUGAUUGGCGGAUACAUGGUACCCAAAGGGACUCACAUCAUUUUUCCGCACCUGGUCGUGAGUAACAUCGAAGAAUACUUCGACCAACCCCACAAAUUCGUGCCGGAACGCUGGUUAAAAACGGAAAUGACCGGCUGUCCGAUUCAGCACAAGAAGAUACAUCCAUUCGUAACGUUGCCCUUCGGCUAUGGCCGUAGAGCGUGCUUGGGUAGACGGUUUGCGGAGAUGGAGCUACAAAUUCUCCUAGCCAAGAUAUUCAGGAAGUACAAAGUUGAGUACAAUUAUGGACCAUUAACCUACGAAAUAACGCCCACUUAUGUGCCAAAAGAACCAUUAAAGUUUAAGCUAACUUUAAGGUAGUUUAACCCUCGAUAUACAUUGACAAUUCGUUACUUUGAGUGAUGGUAUGAGAAAAUGCCAGCGAGGCACUCGUCACCAUUAAGUCACUGCAAUUUAUGUAUUACGUGUAUAUACAGCGAAUCAAUUUGUAUUUUUCUACGACAUAUUCACUGCCUCAAACGAAUUUAGGUAAAUUUAUAGGUACUACA